AUGAAGGCGCUUAGAGCUGGCUCGAAGGAGGCCGCCUCCUGUCCGGCCAUCAUCUCUGUUGCGGGAACCACGGUGGACCUCCCCCCCGAACGGUGGAAGCUGCUCGCAGAGGAUAAGCAUCCUCUCACGGCCCGUCUGUUCGACUUUGUCACCGGGGACGUGGUCGACAAGAAGAGCUCGAACGCGAGCAUGCUCAUUCUGCUUCACCCCGACCACCUGUCGCUUGACGGUGACGAGACGUGGAACAAGCGGUUCGUUCGCGUUGCUAUUCCCACUGGUGGUGCGGAACACGACGCGACGUCAUUGAAGGGCUCCUGCGGCAACAUCGCUUGUCUGUUCGCGUUCGAGAAGAUCCUUGCCCAGUUGGACGCGGUCGCCGCCAGUGGAUCUGGGCCGCAAUUCUCGAGGCCAACCGCGAAGACUCUGAAUGCACUGCGGCACGAGGCGUACCACACCGCCGAAGAGCUCGCGUUCAACUUGAGCGUGGACUUGACGCGACCCAUGCACGGCGGUGAGGCUGAAGGUGCUGAAACGGGGAAUGUGCAUAAAGAGGCUACGGGUGCGCAGGUUGCUGACCAUGGUGUUCUCGCUCUCACAGGUGCCGCUGGUGUUUCAAAUGGCGGAGGUGCUCGGGGGGGGACGAAGGUCCACGCUGAUGACGAAGGGGCCGAGGAUACCGCGACUAAGGGUGCAACCCGCGAUGAGGCUGACCGCGCUGUUGCGCGUGAGGGGGAGGAGUCGAGCGAGGAGGAGGCGGAGGCUCAUGUGGUAGCGGCCGCGGCAUCCAGCAGGCCCGCUACAUCCGGCAAGAGCAUCAAGCACCUCGCGCAGCACUUGGCCCCUGGUGCUGGAAGCGCGGGCCCGAGUGGUGAGGUCGCGGGCAAGAGUCCCGUGACAGGUCCGCGUGAUUACGCGUCCCUGUCCUCGUUGCCAUCGCAUAAGCUUGCUGCCGAGAUCCUGCAGCUCGACUGCAGGCUUGCAAAUCUGGCCGAAGAGAACGCACGGCUGAAGAAACGCCAGGAGUCGGGGGUUGGUGGGGUCGCGGUCGUGGGCUCUGAGGAGCUUGCGUCCGCGCUUGCUAAUGCGGUUCGGGUGUUGGAGAAGGAGGCGAGGGCGAUCGCGCAGGAAAGGGCGGCCCUGGUCGAUACCCGUAACCAGGAGGCGGUGGUGCUGGGGCGAGUGGACGCGAGGCUGGGACAGCUGCAGGGGGUGGUGACAGACUCCAUGGAAGUCGCUCAGAAGAAGCUGACGGACGAGGUUGCGCGGAAGAUCGACAACAUGUCGACCGCGGUCUCCGCGACAGCAGAGCGGGCAAUCACCACCAGCGGGGUCACGAACGCGUUGCACACCCUCAUCGCGCUCGUUGGAGGAGCCCCCCCUCCGCGCACGGAUAAUGAAGGAACGGCCGCGACGGAGAUUGCCGAGCCCGGGGAUGCAGAGCAUGGAAAGAGGGCAGCGGGUGCGAAGGCGGAGAAUCAACGGGGGGCGAAGAGGCAGAGAGGUCCCCAGGCAGCGGCCGCGGUGCGCAAUCCGAGCGUGCAGGACAUGCUGAAGCAGAAGUGGGGCGCUGCAUCGCGAGGUGCAGCACCGACUGGUCAACCGGGUUCGAGCUCGCGCUCCAUCCCACCUGGAGAAGCUGCACCCAAACCACCGGGCCCUGCCGGGGCAACCGCGUCAGUGACAAGUACUGUGGGGCGGGGCAAGGGUAAGGCGGAGGAUGGAGAGGCGCCGGCUGUUGCGCGUUCGCUGGCCUCGAGGCGUGAGGUCCAGUCCGCGGUGGGUGCUGCGGCAGAGGGCAGGCAGACCACGCUCGCACCCGCUCGUGCUGCAAUCACCGCGGGACAUAUGCAUAGCGCACUGGCAUCUGCAAGUCCUAUCGCGGCCUCGGUCGAGGGCAAGGCGGAGAAACGCGGACGGGGUGGCAAGAAGUUGCCCACUCCACCCGUGUACACGAUCGACGAGGACGAUGCGGAUGAGGAGCUGGAGGGUCUAGUGAGCAGGGGCGGGCCAGGAUUGGUUUCUGAACCCCAUAUGGGGGGGAAGAAGCGAUGGCUCGGACACGGCGACCGCGAAGACCUGCAGUACAAGACCGCGAUCGCGAUGUAUCCAUACGACGGGAAGGUCGACCCCGGGCUGAACCUGAGCCAGAAGCAGAUCCGAGAGUGGGCCGCGGACCUGUCCAUCGCCGAGGGGUUACAUACGGGCCUCUUAAUCACCAUGCACUACCGCAACCUCGUGGCAAGCAAGGACAGGUGGCAACGCAUGUUCGAUUCCUAUCGCGGGCUUACCAAGCCCGGAAUGCACACCACCAACGUGAUUGCAUGGGCCGCGGUGGUAGGCAAGGAGGCUGCAGUAGAAGAAGCGGAUCUCGGCGACGUGGAGCCGACGGACUACGCGGGAGCGAUCGCAUGCGCCAUUGCAAUGGUGUGGGAGGUCACUCGCGGUUCUAACGUCACUGCCGCGGCGGAUAAUGGAAACCUGGCCGCGCGUGCUGCUGGUUGCUAUGGAGAGCGAAGCCGUCUCUUCCCCGUAGUAUCCGCGUACGUCAUCAAUGCGGUGCGGAAGCGCAAUCGCCGCGAGGAAGAUGAGCCACAGGUUGUCGCGGACCCGAAGGCGGUCGCCGCCGCGAUCGUGUCCGGAGUCGUGAGCGAGGUCGUUGCAAAGUCUCGCGAUCUCAGGCACAUUGAGUUGGCCGCCCGCGAAACGGUGGACGUUAUCAUCACCUGGUGCAACUGCUCGGUGGCAGGGAAGCAGAUGGAGUCCUUGGGUUUGUACCUUGCCCUGCCCAAGGAUCGUCUGAAGAAGCGCACUUGA